AUGCUGCAGGAGACCUGCACACACGCGGAGGCGCGAUCUCUGCUACCCAAGCUGCUGGAAGCGUGGGAGCUCACCGCUGAGAACAUGACACCGAAACAGAUCUCCGGCUGUCUUUGGGCCCUCGGUUGGCUGGAUCCUGGGGCGAAGGACAGCCGAGGUGCCUUGGUGAGCGUGCGGAAUGAGAUUGCCUUCGCGCUGGCGGAGAUGAGGAUGAAGGAGCUGUCGGAAGGGCUGUGGGGCUUUGCAGCCUUGGAGUUUGGAGACCAG